CGGGCGCGCGGGCUACGGCGGCCGGUAGGGGGCGGCGGCGGCCGUUGGCCAAGGGUCCUGAGGCGGGGCCGCGGGCCUCGGGCUCUGAGAGCCCGGCGGGCCGCGACUCGGCCGCGGUAGCGUGCGGGCUGAGGCCAUGGGCGACCGCGGCAGCGCAGGCGGCUCCCGGCGCCGGAGGACAGGGUCGCGGCCCUUGAGCCAGGGCGGCGGCGGGCCCGCGGCUGCAGAAGAGGAGGUGAGGGACGUGGGCGCCGGGGGGGACGCCCCGGACAAGGACAAGGACGGAGACGCCGACGUGGGCAGCGGCCACUGGAAUCUGAGGUGCCACCGCCUCCAGGAUUCUUUGUUCAGCUCUGAUAGUGGCUUCAGCAACUACCGUGGCAUCUUGAAUUGGUGUGUGGUGAUGCUGAUCUUGAGCAAUGCACGGUUAUUUUUAGAGAACCUCAUCAAGUAUGGCAUCCUGGUGGACCCCAUCCAGGUGGUGUCUCUGUUCCUGAAAAACCCCUACAGCUGGCCCGCCCUGUGCCUGGUUAUUGUGGCCAACGUCUUUGCCGUGGCUGCAUUCCAGGUGGAGAAGCGCCUGGCAGUGGGUGUGCUGACGGAGCAGACAGGGCUGCUUCUGCAUGUGGUCAACCUGGCCACCCUUCUCUGCUUCCCGGCGGCCGUGGCCUUCCUGCUGGAGUCCAUCACUCCAGUGGGCUCCAUGCUGGCUCUGAUGGUGUACACCAUCCUCUUCCUCAAGCUUUUCUCUUACCGGGACGUCAACCUGUGGUGCCGAGAGCACAGGGCUGCAAGGGCCAAGGCCAAGGCUGCUUCUGCAGGUAAGAAGGCCAACGGGGGAGCUGCCCAGCGCACCGUGAGCUACCCGGACAACCUGACCUACCGUGAUCUGUACUACUUCCUCUUUGCCCCUACUCUGUGUUAUGAGCUCAACUUUCCCCGCUCCCCCCGCAUCCGAAAGCGCUUCUUGCUGCGGCGGCUCUUUGAGAUGCUGUUCUUCAUCCAGCUCCAGGUGGGGCUGAUCCAGCAGUGGAUGGUCCCUACCAUCCAGAACUCCAUGAAGCCCUUCAAGGAUAUGGACUACUCACGCAUCAUUGAGCGCCUCCUGAAGCUGGCGGUCCCCAACCACCUCAUCUGGCUCAUCUUCUUCUAUUGGCUCUUCCACUCCUGCCUGAACGCCGUGGCUGAGCUGAUGCAGUUUGGAGACCGGGAGUUCUAUCGGGACUGGUGGAACUCUGAGUCCGUCACCUACUUCUGGCAGAACUGGAAUAUCCCUGUGCACAAGUGGUGUAUCAGACACUUCUACAAGCCCAUGCUCCGACGGGGCAGCAGCAAGUGGGUAGCCAGGACCGGGGUGUUCCUAGCCUCGGCCUUCUUCCACGAGUACCUGAUCCCACUGGCCUGGAUCGUGAGCCGCUUCUUCCGGGGCAACUAUGGCAAUGCAGCCGUGUGGCUGACACUCAUCAUCGGGCAGCCAGUGGCCGUGCUCAUGUACGUCCAUGACUACUACGUGCUCAACCACGAGGCCACGACAGCGGGGGCAUGAGCUACUCUGGGGCCAGCCCUCUUCACUGCCACCUUGCCUUGUCUGCCUCACUGUCCAUGGCCAGAGCCUGCCGCCGCCUGUGUACUGGGGAGAGGGCCUGGCUGCCCAUGCCUCCUCCUGGGACCCAGGAGGCCUCUCUGCCCCUAUGGGGUUCCCUCUUGCUCCCUCAGGGAUGGCAGAUGGGGCAUAGGCCAGUGCCAGCGCCCUGGGAAUCCAUGCUGAUCCUGCCCAAGGGUCUGAGGGUGUCAAUAAAGUGCUGUCCAGAGUGACCUCCCUCAGCAUGCUGGGGGCACAGGGCUGGUGGGAGGUGAUGGCCCACACCACAUGGGGUCCCCUAGGGUGUGGGGGCAGCUGCUUCCGGGGGGCUAGGAGAAAGGGCCUCUUCCCCCAGGCUGCACUGUGGUGCUCUUGGGAGGGGAAUCUGGGUCCCACGGCCUUCCCCGAUGCCCAUGCCCCAUGCCCUGCUGGGGUGCUGUGCCCUGGGAAAGGCUGCCCAGCUACAGUUGGGCAGGGCAUGGCCAGGAGGGGGAGGCAGUGCCCUCAGUAGUGGCAUGAGGCGAGGCAUGGGUUGGGGGUGAGGUGUGGGGAGUUGGAGGGAGGCAUUGGCAGUCAGGCAGACCCCUUGCCCCAUGCCAUGGCUGACAACCCUCACUGCCUAGAAGGGCUCGGCUGUCAGACUUCCUGUUAAGUCACUGCUGGUUAAUCCUAUGUGGGGGGCAGGGGCUUUGAAGAGGAUGCCUAAGGACCUAGAUCAGCAGACCUGGGCAGGGGUUGGAGGCCAGGGCAUGAAAGCUGGUCAAGGAUCAGGACCAACUGGUAGAACCAGCUAAGGCUCCAUGCGCUGGUGGGCAGAGGCUCUAUAACAGGGCUGCAGAGGUCAUGGGGGCAGAGUCCAUGGGCUCCUGGGGAGCUGGGGCAGCCAGAUGCUAGGGUGUUCAACUGGCAACUGGCACAGGGCCUUGGGGUGGAGGUUCUGUGCCCCUUGGAUGAGGGGGGCAGCCUGGCCCAAUCCUUGCCCGGGAUCUCCCUCUCACUGGCCAUGGGUGCCUGCCUGAGUGUCAGCGGUCUGCACCUCCUGGGUGCCCCUAGCCUGAGACCUGCCCCUCCCUGGGGCCCAGGAGGAUACCCCAGCUCCCUGGGGCUAGAGCCUGCCUGCCCUGCUCAGCCUCUAGCCCUUUUGCAUCCUCAAUUCUGGCACUUGGCUGGGCAGUCCACACAGUGCAGCCUGAGUGUAGCCCUCAGGACACCUUGCUCCCAGACCCUGCUACCUGCUAAGCCUGACAGGGAAGUGGGGGGCAACCCUGGGCCCCCAUUCCCACCUCAUCCAAGGUGGGUCAGGUCUCUGGACUGAAAACCCCGAGGCUGUGCCAGGCCAGAGUGUGCCCCGACACAGCCGUAGCCCAAGGUGGGUGUCUGAGAAGGUGCCUGGGUGGUGGUCUCAGAGCUGUGCUGCCACUGCACAGACCAAAAGCUGCUCAACCCCAACUCCUCACCUCCUCUAGGCCAUGGUGGUGGUGGUGGUGGGGGCUACCUGGGGGUGCCUUUGGACCCCAGGGUGGAGGCAGUGUCUCCUUGGCCCCUGCCUCCUGGGCAGACACCAGCACGGGCUCUGCUGAGGUUGGUGAGUAGUGGGUGAAAUGGGGGCAAGAGCAUCAGGCGGCUGCUUUGGCCUGGCUCCUCCUUCCCAUACUGCGUUUCCCCUGCCCCUCGUCUGGAAGAGCUCAGCAGCCAGACCCAGAAGGCAGGGCGCACUCCCACCACCUUCCCUUCUUCAGCUAGACCCCAUGGCGCUGAGCCCCUCCCUUACCCCAAAGACAGUCCAGUGCCUUAUGAAGGCAGAGUGGAGGUGGCUCUGCCAGGAAGAUGCA